UAUAAAAUUGUUAACCUUAAAAUUAUAAACAUUUUAAUGUUUUGGUUUCGAGUAAAUAAUAAAAAAUAAUAAACCUUUCCCUUCUAAUAUGUCAUAAAUAUCUACAUGUGAUUGUUGUAAUUAUUGCCAGAAAUAUGGGAGUUCGAGGUUUGACGACAUACAUAAACUAUAACGAAGAUGUGUUUCUGAAAACUUUUUUGCUUCACGAUACAUGUUUAAUAAUAGACGGGCAUAGUCUUUGCGCCCAGUUGUACCGAUCUCUCAACUGUUUUUCAGCCUUCGGUGGAGAUUAUGACAAAUUUGCGGGAUAUGUUAAAACAUUUUUCAAAAAUCUGCGAAAAUGUCGCGUAACUGCGUACAUCCUCUUUGAUGGCAGCCAUGAAUCCAGAAAAUUGAAGACUGCAUACACUAGGCUCAGAUCUAAGAUAUGUGGUGCAUCGCGUCUCGAUCCCGUCACCCAAGGCGGUUUGCAAAUAUUUCCCAUGUUCCUACGAGAUGUUUUUAAGGAAAUCUUCAGAGAUAUGGAAAUACCUUACACCAUUUGUGAAUUUGAAGCCGAUGAUGAGAUUGCUGCGAUGGCCCGGCACCUCAACUGUCCUGUGUUGAGCUAUGACUCAGACUUUUUCAUUUACAAUGUUUUGUACAUACCAUUUAACACAUUGGAUUUAAAACCAACACUUGUUGAGGAAAAUGGAAACAAAGUUUUUGUGCUAGAAUGUAAAAUUUAUAGAGUAGAGCAACUGACCAAACAUUUUGGGGGGUUGAAGGAGGAAAUGCUUCCUUUGUUAGCAACUUUGUUGGGCAAUGAUUAUGUAGAGAAGAGGGUUUUCAAUAAAUUCUUUUCACAGUUGAAAAUGCCUAAAAGUAAAAAGAAAAAGAAUGAACAGCAAAGGUGCAUCCAUGGUCUCUUCAAAUGGCUUCAGAAUGAGACAUUGGAAACAGCAAUAUCAAAAAUCUUAGGAAGACUUAAGAAAAAACAGAAAGCCAGAGUUUUAUCCAUCAUGAAAAAAAGUAUUGAAGGCUAUUACAAAAAACAUUGCAGAUCUCUUGAAUAUUUUAACAUUGCUGACAAUAUUGCUGAAGAAACAAUUGAAUUUGAAUUUCCUGAUAUUGUGAGUGAUAAUGAUCAAUUUGCUGAUGAAGAAAUUGAAAAUGAAAAAGAUACAGAUAAUGUAGAAAAAUCAAACUAUGAGAAAGAAAUUGAUGAUGUGGAAGGAAAAGACAAUGAAACGCAAAUGGAUAAAGAAAGUGAUUCAGAAACUGAGGAGGAGGCAUUAUCUGAUGAAGAAAAUUCAAAGGAAGACAGUGAUAUAGAGGACCAACUAAUAUUGGGAUUGCCAGAAUGGUUUGCCAAGGGAAUUCGAAAGAAUUACAUACCACAUUCAUAUAUUAACCUCUACACUCACUGUUUACAUUUCUGUUCUCCACAAGCCGAGGAUUAUCAAGAUAAAGACUCUUUCUUCUGCACAUUGCCAAUACUUAGAUAUGCCUUUGAUAUCAUGACAGAUUAUUCCAGGGAGAAUUGUAUAUAUGUUAGUAGGGAGAAAGACAAUGCGUACCGUAGAAUACUUAUAGAUCAGGAAUACUCUGUGCCAAGACCUUUUGAUAUACUGUUUCAAGAUUUAUCUGAAGACCAAUUAAAAUCAUGUUUCCAUCAUUUUAUUAAGGAGAAGAUGCCAUUACUAGACAUGUGUUUAAUAGAUUUACUGCCACCAAAUUUUCAAAUAUUUAUGGUAUCUUUACUUUGGUGGGUGCAGAAAUGUGAUAUUCCUUUGGGGAAUGUGCAUAGCUUAUUUAUUUCCUACAUUAUGUUAGACGUAAUUGAUGAAAAAACUGGCACAUUCAGAGGCAGUUAUUAUUUCAAAAAUAAGUAUUCAAAGAAAAUAGAAGAGUUUAAAAAGAAUUCAAGCAAUGAAAGUGAUGAUGGAGAGUUGUUUUUGAAUAAAAAUAAAGUUCAGUAUGAAGAUUGCAUGAUAGCGGCCAGUGCACUUUUGGCACAUUUUGAACUGGAUGAUAAGAUAAGGAAGAGACCCAAGAGUUAUGAUAUUAGGAAAAUACACUCAUUCGCCCAGUUUCAGUGUUGUUUGUCACAGUUUAACAAUUUGAAUCAACUUUGUAGGAAGCCUUUUGAGAACACAACAUAUUCAAAAUGUUAUAAUGGCACAUUUGUGUAUAACAUAGCUACAAAGUUAGAGAAUCAAAUAGAUCCCGUAUCAUAUUUUGAUCAGUAUCUUAGAGGUGCAGUUACUGUACUAAGAUUUUAUAAAAGUCUAUGUCAAAUAUACUCCAAAUGUGCUGACAGUAUGGGAUUAGUCAACAAAAAAUGGGAAGGAAAGAAGCAAAGACGAAAAAAGAAUAAUAAUAUAGAUGAAGAACUAAAUUUUAUUGUUAAAGGAUUUGAAUCUGAAGUUGUUAUUUAGAUUAAAUGUUUUUUAUUUUUUAA